UACGUCGGGAACGGCGCGGACGCGAUGAAGAUCCGGAAGUACGAAGAGCAAAGGAAGAAGGCGAUGGAAGACGCGGAGAAGGAGAAGAGCGCGCUCGCGUCCGAGUCCGCGAAGAGCCGCAUCGUUAACUUCAGCGCGGGAAAGUCCGAGGUGAUCGAGAACGCGUUCAAGAACGAGUCCGUCGGGCUUCAAACGAAAGCGCAGUUCGCGGAGAAGCGAGCGAACAUCGAGAGGGAGCUCGAGGAAGAGGCGGCGGCGCGCGCAAAGGCGACCGAGGCCGCGGAGUUGAAGAGCAAGGACCGGAAACGCAAGAAGGCGAAGAAAGAGAUGACGGCGAAGCUUUCGUUCGCGGACGACGAGCUCGACGAAGAGAACGAGGACGAGUGCUUCCUCCCUGCGGCGAAGAAAGCCGGGAAGUUCGCCACCGUCGGCAAAGAUCCGGGCGUGCAGACGCACUUCUUGCCGGAUAAAGAUAGAGAGAUGUCGGAGCGGGACGUGAGAGAGAAACUCAAAGCAGAGUUUAUCGCGCAGCAGGAGGAGAUAAAGAAAGAGAAACUCGAGAUCACGUUCUCGUACUGGGAUGGGGGCGGGCAUCGACGGAAGAUCGAGGUUUUAAAGGGCGACACGAUCGGGAUCUUCUUAGGCAAGGCGCGGGAGCUGUUGAGCAAGGAGUUCCGCGAACUGAGACACGAGAGCACGGACGGGUUGAUGUACAUCAAAGAGGAUCUGAUUCUCCCGCACACCGCGACGUUUUACGACUUCAUCGUGAACAAAGUUCGCGGCAAGUCAGGGCCGCUGUUUCACUUUGGCGUCCACGACGACGUCAGGCUGAAAGGCGGGGCGAACAUCGAGAAAGAAGACUCGCACGCGGGGAAAAUAAUCCACCGCACGUGGUACGAUAAGAACAAGCACAUCUUCCCCGCGAGCAGAUGGGAGCAGUACGAUCCGCUGCGGCCGGUAGAGUCGUACACGAUUUACGGCGGAGAGAAAGGACCUGACCGUAGGUAG